GCAUGCGCAGUGUGAGGUGUGCGCUGGCUCUUGAAGACAGCUGACACGUGAGAAGCGUUUAGCAGCGCUGCAUGGCAACCCAGAGAAAUGCCGUUUUUAAAACAUGCACCUGUGCCGCGCGCCGUGUUUCUCUGAGCCCAUUAACACGCAGCCUGGUUGAAACAGUGGUCUGAAUCGACAGCGAACUGGAAAUGUCACGGUGACUCAACUAACCGCUCUUGACUUUUUAAACCUCCUUGAAUUCCUCGAAUCACAAAGCAUCUCUGAAUUCUCUAUAUUUAAUCGAAUGCGCCAAAUUGUUGUCGCUCGCGCUGGCGAUAGUAAACACAGUGAAAUCUGUAUGGUGAGCAGGAAGAAGGCGUGACAGGAAAACUACCCAAAUUAGGAGCUGCUUCCUGCUCUCUCUGGGUCACCAUGCUGCGACUGUUCCGCGUGCUGGAGCGUUUACGCGCGUGUAGCGAGUUUUCCGCGCGCAACCGACACUGGACCAAAGUCACCGAGCUGUCAGUGAGACUCUACAGCACCAAAGCGGCUCCGCAGUUCCGAAGAAUGGACUACCAGGAUGCGGUUUGCACCCUCAACACCCUCCAGACGAACGCCAGCGCGCUGGAGCAGGUGAAGAGAGAGCGAGGUCACCCCGAGCUCCAGCUGCAGGCCAUGAGAGGCUUCCUCCAGCGGGCAGGACUCAAGGUAGACGAACUUGAUCGGCUAAAUAUUAUUCACGUAACUGGAACGAAAGGAAAGGGUUCAACAUGUGCCUUUACAGAACAGAUUUUGAGAAACUAUGGCUUCCGGACUGGAUUCUACAGUUCACCUCAUUUGGUGCAAGUGAGGGAGCGAAUCAGAAUCAACGGGCAGCCAAUAGGAAAAGAGCUUUUCACCAAAUACUUCUGGCAGGUGUAUUGUCGACUGGAGGAGACAAAGGAUGCCCAUGGUGGCAGCAUGCCUGCUUAUUUCCGCUUUCUCACCAUCUUGGCCUUUCACAUCUUUCUGCAGGAGAAGGUUGACUUGGCUGUCUUUGAGGUUGGGAUCGGUGGAGCGUAUGACUGCACAAAUAUUAUCAGGCGUUCCUGGGUGUGUGGCAUCUCCUCUUUAGGCAUAGAUCACACCAGCAUACUGGGAGACACCAUUGAGAAAAUUGCCUGGCAGAAAGGAGGGAUUUUUAAGCCAGGAGUUCCUGCAUUCACAGUCAAACAGCCUGAUGGGCCGAUGAAGGUGCUUCAAGAGAGAGCAGAAGAAAUUGGGUGUUCGUUAUCAGUGUGUCCUGAUCUGGAGGAGUAUCAGAGCGAGGGUUCGCUCAGGUUGGGUUUAGCCGGUCAUCAUCAGCGCAGUAACGCUUCUCUGGCUCUACAGCUCUCACACACCUGGCUGCAGAGACACUUCCUCACAGAUCCCGUGUCAUCAUCUCCAGUGGAGUUCAGCGGUGUGAGUCCAGCUCCAGCCUUCCAGCCCAGUCCUGCAAUGAUAAAAGGUCUGGCAGAGACUGAGUGGCCUGGGCGCAAUCAAACACUAAAACACGGUCCUGUGACGUAUUUCCUGGACGGAGCUCAUACCACACGCAGCAUGCAGGCCUGUGUCCGCUGGUUCAACGAGAUCGCACCACAACAUGAGAGAAAUGCAGGGGGUCCGGUGAUGAGGGUCCUCUUGUUCAACGCUACAGGAGAGAGAGACUGUGCUGCUAUGCUCAAACUGCUCGUACCCUGUCUUUUUGAUUUUGCUGUGUUCUGUCCAAACAUCACAGAGGCCAUAGCGACCUGUAAUGCAGACCAACAGAACUUUAACGUUUCUGUGGAGAACAUGCUCACACGUUGCCUGGACAACCAGCAGAGCUGGCGCGUUCUGAAUGGCCAGGAGGAGAAGCCAGGGGCGGAGCUUCUGAUCGGAGGCGGUCUGCCAUUGGUGCCAGAAAGACAGAGCCACACACUGGUGUUUCCCUGCAUCCUCAGCGCUCUGCAGUGGAUCAGUCAGGGAAGAGACUCGGUGCUGUCAGACCCGAACAGAUGUGUCAUACCCGUUAAACCUAGCAUAAACGCGAAAGCCGAUCCGCUACGAGAGGCUGUAAACAUACACGUCCUCAUCACAGGUAGUUUACACCUGGUGGGAGGGGCUUUAAAACACUUGGACCCUGCUUUAAACUCAUAACGGACAUAUGCAUGUGUCUACAGUGCCAGACAUCCAGCAGAACACAGCAAGUGCGCCACCUAGUGCCUGAACCCUCUGUCCCAGCACUCAAAGGAGUAGUUCACCCAAAAAUUAAAUUUUGCUGAAAGUCUAAUCACCCCUCAGACCAUCUAAGAUGUAGAUGAAUUUGUUCCUUCAUCAGAACAGAUUUGAGAAAUCUUGCUCACCACUGGAUCCUCUGCAGUGAAUGGGUGCCGUCAGAAUGAGAGUCCAAACAACUAAUAAAAACAUCACAAUAAUCCACACCGCUCCAGUCCAUCAGUUAAUGUCUUGUGAGGAAAAAAAGCUGAAGGUUUGUGAGAAAAUUUAUCAUGAAGGCGUUUUAACUUGAAACCACAUAUUUGUUUAGAACUGCUCUGGCUAGUAAACGGUGCUUGAUCUGUGCAUGUUAUUUACCUGAUUCAGGCAGGAAGCAAUAUUAUAGACUCAUAUUUUAGCUGAAAUCAAAGGUUUAAAGCUAAAAUGUCUUCGUGUUGGAUUUGUUUUUUAUAAUCAUGCCUCCUUUUCUUCACGUGAUGUUAACUGCUGGACAGGAGUGUUGUGGAUUAUUGUGAUGUUUUUAUUAGUUGUUUGGACUCUCAUUCUGACGGCACCCAUUCACUGCAGAGGAUCCAUUGCUAAGCAAGUGAUUCAAUGCUAAACAGAUUCUCUAAAUCUGAUUAACAAACAAAUUUGGCUACAUCUUGGAUGGCCUGAGGGUGAGUACACUGUCAGCUAGUUUUACAUUUUGGGUGAACUAUUCCUUCAACCGUUACUGCAAAAUUCACAGCAAAUCAUGGAUGAAAUCUUUUCUUCUUGAAUCCGUGCUUUCUACGUCAUGAAGAGCAUUGGACCAGUUCGUGUAAAAAGCACAUAAAUCCGAAUCUACUUGAGCUGUUCAUGUUUACUUUGUUGGGAUACUUUAAUUUAAAGUACUUAAAGUGCAUUCAGUUCUUUUUCUGUGUAAGCUUUUUUAUUUUACACUACACUUUUGAUGUUUUUAACCAGAUCUUUCCAUUCGUGAAAUAGAAAGUCAGGUUGCCUGUUCAUCAGUGUUUGUGUUUUUUUUAUUGCGCUGAAAUAAUUGUGCCAUAUAUAAGACACGGUUCUCUAAUGAUGUAAUAUUAAUGUCAUUUCUAACACAUGCAUGGGAAAUUUUGCAUUCACAAGUGGAAGCAAAAUGAUGUUCGAAGCAUGUCAACACUGCGGUGCCCACAUCUGUUCAUAGUGAAUAAAAAUGUGUAAAGUGUUUUGUGUGCGUGUUUAUACAUCAGAGGAAUGGAGGACUGUCAAAUAUGACUUAUGUUUUUAAUCUUAUUGUAAUUAUAUUUUUUGUAGCAUUGUAUGUACUAUAGUAGACAGGAGAGUGUAUAAUCUAUUUUCAAAUGCAACCUGGAUUUUUUAAUACGCUAACUUGGUUUUGACAUAAUUUUGUUAUACAUAAAAGAUUGGAUAAUUAUAACAAUAAUGUGACUAAAUAUUAAUUUUAAUCAAUAAAGAUCAUACCACUCUUGUCUUAAAGUGCUAUUGAAAAUCUAUAUGUACUGUAUAUACCAGGUGUAAAAUGAAUAAAAAGUCAAAGACU